GUGGUGUGGUGUGGUGUGGUGUGGUGUGGUGGCCUCUGUUGGAUUUGGUUUGGACUAAUCUUCACGAGACUAUCCUCAUCUUCCCGCCUCUACUCUCCUUUGAAUCUCUCUCUUCCUUUAACUUCUCAAACCCUUAAAAGAGUAGAGACAGAGAGAUAGAGGAUGUGGAUGUGAGAGAGAUUGUGUCUUUGUUGUUGUAAGGGAAAGGAGAAUAAAAUAAAAAUGGAUACACCGCAAAAGAGUAUAACCCAGAUCGGGACUCCAGUUUCUAAACUCAAAGCCGAGGAUUCACCAGUGUUCAAUUAUAUAUGCAGUCUUUCUCCAAUUAAGAGUACUAAAUCAAUCCCUAUCACUCAUACCUUAAGCUCUCUCAAUUUCACAUCUCCACCUUCUGUUUUCACUUCUCCUCAUGCUGUUUCUCACAAAGAGUCUCGUUUCAGAAGUCAAGUUAACUCCUCUGAUCAUUCCAAAGAUGGGGUUGGUUCUAAUGAAGAAGCUGGUUCCAUUGGAGAAAAAGGAAAGGAAGAAGCUUUAACCGAAAUUGAACAGUCACAAAUUCCUAAGAAUGAGUGUAAUACGCCCAGAGUUGCCAAUGAUGUGAGAGACAAUGGUUGUUGUGAAGAUGGUGGAAUGAAUCUGGUUAAGAUGUGUGACAAUGUCAAGCCAAAGAGUGAUACUCCGGAUUGGGGUACUCUGAUUUCUGCUACAACAGAACUUAUUUAUAACUUAACGAGUGAGUCAGAGGCUUAUAGUUGCUUGUUGAAGAGAACAUCCAACUCUGGUGAACAUGUACGUGGUGGUACAAUGUCAACAUUGGAGUCUGUUUCAAAGACCAAUGUAGCCAACAAUGAAAAUGAGUCCUUUGAUGAUCUUUCGAUCUCGCACCGUGGUGUGAGAAGACGUUGUCUGGACUUCGAGAUUCCAAGGAAUAGUCAGCAAACAUUGGGUGAAUCUUCAUCAAGUUGUGUAGUACCUAGCAUUGGUCUGCAUCUUAAUGCCAUACCAAUGUCAUCUAAGGACAACAAUGUUGUUAAUGAGUACUCAUUUUCCGGUAACAUCAAAGUCGGUUCGCAAAGUUUUACCACUUCGGAUCUUCACUCGAAGCACCACAUUGUGAGAGAAAACGAAAUCGGGAAAGAUGCAGGUCAAGCUUUAGAAGAGUUUCCAAAGUCUUCAGCUUUAGAAGGGUUGCCAAUAAGCCCCAAGAAGAAAAGGCGAAAGUCCGAACAAUCAGGAGAAGGCGAGUCGUCAUGUAAACGGUGCAACUGCAAAAAAUCCAAGUGUUUGAAGCUUUACUGUGAAUGCUUUGCUGCUGGAGUUUAUUGCAUAGAGCCAUGUUCAUGUAUAGAUUGCUUCAAUAAAUCUAUCCAUGAAGACGUUGUUUUGGCUACUCGCAAACAGAUUGAAUCCCGCAAUCCACUUGCAUUUGCUCCUAAAGUCAUAAGAAGCUCAGAUUCCAUCAUUGAAGUUGGUGAUGAUACAAGUAAAACUCCUGCUUCAGCGCGACACAAACGAGGCUGUAACUGCAAGAAAUCAAACUGUCUGAAGAAAUACUGUGAAUGCUAUCAGGGUGGAGUUGGCUGUUCCAUAAACUGUAGAUGUGAAGGAUGCAAAAAUGCAUUUGGCAGGAAAGAUGGAUCUUUGUUCGAACAAGAUGAGGAAAACGAAGUUUCUGGCAAAAUUGUAACAACGAAAACACAAUCAAAUGUCGAGUUAUUCAAUCCUCUACCUUCAACACCAAUGCCAUUAAGACAACCACUGGCUCAACUUCCCAUCCCAUCCAACAAUAGACUGCUUCCUUCAGCAUCUCAUUUUCAUCACGGAGCUUCAGGAUCAUCGUCCUCGGGAAUAUACAACAUCAGAAAACCAGACAUGAGUUUGCUGUCUCAUUCAAGGAUCGAGGCAAUCACAGAAGAUAUUGAUGAUGAUAUGUCUGAGAACCUAAUCCAAUCUCCAUUAAAUAACAUGAAAGCUGUAGUGUCUCCCAACAGCAAAAGGGUUUCUUUGCAGCAUCUUGAUUCAUCAGAGACGACUCCAUGGAGAAGAAAUGGUGGCAGGAAACUGAUACUUUCGAUCCCAACGUUUCCUUCUCUCACCCCACACCAUUAGAAUUCUUUGAAUCUUUAAAUUCUUUUGAUGAAUGUCAACUUCUAGUUGGUAAUUUAACUUACAGUGUUACACUCAACAUAAGCAAACAUUUACUAGAUUAGUAGUAGUAGUUUGCGUUUGUUUCUUACAAUGGUUGUAUCAAUGAGUUCUCUAAAAUCAUACAUGAAACUUAAAGAUCCAUGUUUCCUUUU